AUGGAGACAUUACGAUUAAAACCGCGGCAGCCCGUGGGGGAUGAGAUUGAGAACUGGGAUGACGAUGAUGACCUGGUGCUUGAGGGUGAUGAGCUGUCAUUUCGCACCUCCUUGACGACCGCGGCUGGUCCCACCAACUCCCGCGCCUUGUCACGGCCUCCGUCCAGGCGGCGGGAUUCUACGUCUUCUCAUGUCUCUUUCCGGUCUGAGAUAGAGUCCUGGCACGGCGAGGAAAAGCAAUUGCAUCUGCCUGCCGAUGACGAAUCCUCCACCAUGGACGCCAUUGCUGCCGCAGAGCAUGCUGGCAUUCCUCUGCCCAAAAACGUCCCUUCGUCUGCCCUCAUGGGCGGCACCAUUAAGCGACUUGGGGGUCGCAAAAUCCGCAAGAUUAUCCAGGACGACUGGGAAAACGACCUCGAGCUCCCGGAAGCCUCGCAGAGCUUCAGCAUAAGACCAAAGACUGACGUCGAGUUUCCCGAAACGCUGCGCCAGGUGAGCGCGGGCUCGGUGCAGGCCAGUCCCAUCCGAACCAUGAAGCUGCCAUCAUUUCCCGAGCCACAGCGCAGGCUCUCGGCACAGUCAAACACGAGCGCGCUCUCAUCCGCUCUCAAUUUGGACAGGUUCAAGGACACGGAAGAAGAUGACGACUUUUUGGGGGACGGCAUUGCUACCAUCAAAGUCUCCAAGGGCAGAAUUGCUCCGCAGCCCGUUCCCUUCAUUACACCUCCCACGCCGCAAAAAUCAGAAACAGCCAAGGAACCCGACGACGACUUUGAAAAGGACUUGGAGUUGCCCUCUGACGGAAAGUUGAAACUGUCUACUAGGAGAGAUAUUCCAAAGACGCCGUCGUCCAACGUCGACGACCUGGACUGGGGCGAGGGCAGUCUCGGCACUCGAUACGGCGGUACUAGGCGAGAUGGCCGUUCAAACAGGAGCUCUUCGGCCUCUGCACUCAGCCCCAGCAUCUCGAGCUCCAUCACUGCCGAGAGCGAGGACGAGACGUUUGAAGGUCUUGUCCUGCCCGCUGGGCCGUUUAAUUUCAAGGAGCGUCUCCAACAGCGCAAGAAGAGCUUCUCGCCAGAGCGUAUCCCGGAAGAGUUGCCGUCGCCGCUUCCACCAGCCCCCAAGAAGCCGCCGCCUACCCAGGCCGAGGCUGACCGCGAGGAUUUCUUUGACGAUCUCGACAUUGGAGACGGAAACGUGUUUGGCCCCGGAAAACUGACCCUGCAUCGCAACGUCAAGGUCAAGGAGACGCAGCCUGCGUCCCCUGCGCGGCCCAAGACUGCCGUGUCGCUGACGUUUACGAACAAGCCAACAACACAGACCAGAAUCCCUCGCUUGAGCCAUGAACGGGCCCAUUCGACGUCACUGGAGCCAGUUUAUGAAUCUGGCGGUUCAGCGGCUCCCUCGCGCAGUGGUCGCCGUUCCCAGUCUCGUCUUGGACACUCACACCAGUCGUCGGUUGUCAGUCUUCCCACCCCGACGACAACCUCUCCCGGACGACAUUUUCCCCUUUCCGCACCGCGAGGGCGAGAAGUUGGCUCAAGAUCAUCAUUCUCGUCUCUCAGAGGUGACGCACCGACCACCAGUUCUCAGCUGCUGAAGCAGAAGCGAUCUCUCCCGGCGGUUCGGAGUUCGACAACCACCGCACCAAGACCCGUGUCUCAGAGAUCAGCAACAGACAGACCGCCGUCAAGGGCCGAGGCGGGACGACCUCAAACUGGGUUGAGGCCCAAGACACCCGUGGAGCGGCAGCGCCCGGGCCUCGUCACCGAAAGUCCUGCGUCGUUGACGCGGAAACCUCAACCCUUCUUGCCGGCCGGUGCGUCGCAGUCUCAGUCGCACCACGUCGCUUCAAAGACGUUGCGCCAGUUCCGACGCCACGACUCGGAGAAUGCAAUCGAUCUGCGACCCAUCUCCAGGGCCUUCUCCCGGUCGGGGGGCCGAUCGCCCAGUCCGCACCGAUACAAGGUUGCCGCCGAUACCUGGGAGCGCCUGAGCAAGCCAAAGAACAAGAAGCACUUUGGCGAUGGUCAUGAGCUCGACGGCUUUGAUGACUUGCCAACGUCGCGAGAGACGGAGACGCGAUUCAUGAAGCAGCCUGUGGCCAGCGGCACCAAGACCACCAUUCGAAAUCGGCUGUACCAGAAUAUUCUGCCCGACAGGACCGCGACGCCGGCGCCGCCGAGUCCGUUUUUCCCGUCAAGAUCCGCGGCAACUCCCCGAUUCGCGCGCGACACGGCCGCAAGUCGCAUUGCCCGAGAGACGUCUCUGGCUCACCGUGCGCCAAGCCACGGUCCUCUGUCUGCCAUAACCGCUCAGCGAGAGGGCGGUGGUGGUGGUGCGCUCGCGUCGAGGACGACCAACGUGAGCCAGCAGCCCCAUCUACCCCAGUCAACCAUUCGCUCCAAAAAAAAGACCAAGCGGCCGCAGCAGCUGAAGCCACAUCUCAUUGCCAACCUCAACGCCGGCAAGGAGUCCAAGGUCGUGAACGGCAUGUUUUACAACGCCGAGACGUUCCGCUGGGAAGGCAAUGAGAAUGCGCUGAGUGCGUUCGAUGCCACAGUGGCCACCCCGUCAACCACAACUGCGUCCACGCACGUCACGCGUGAAAGGGAGGCAACUACUCCUCGACCUGCGCUGAUUGCCAAUUUCAGUGCGACCAAGGGCGUCCAAGUUGUUGGCGGCAUGGUCUUUGAUCCAGAAAACAUGUGCUGGCUCAGGAUGGGGCAACAGGACAAGACCAAGUCCGACGCGGGCGAUACUCUGGAUGGCUUUGAUGCACUCGACGACGAGGAAGAUGUGUUCAAGGACAUUCCCGACCUGGACGAUAAUGCCGCAGAAGAAGACCGCGGAGAGGGCGGCCGCGUCAGCGACGUCAAGGACGACUGGCUCGUGGGCGAAGAGUUUGAUGUCGGCCCCGAGUUUGUCAGGAGACAGCGUGAAGAGGAAGAACGAUGGCGAAAGAAGUGCGAGAAGUGGGUUGGCCGCGGGCCUCGAGAUCAGGACAUGUGGCGCUGGACGAUUCGGGAACUCGUCUCUCAGUUCGACGAGCUACCCAUGUAG